UGAUGAUGCCACAUGUGGCGCUACCACAUAACCACUUCAACGUUCACUACAACUACAACACCUACUAAAACCAUAACUCCUACUACAACCACGACUCCUAUUACAACCACGUCUCCUACUAUAAACACAACUUCUACCACAACCACAACUCCCACAACAACUACUACUCCAACAACAACUACUACAACUCCAACAACAACUACAACUGCUACAACUACAAUAAAACAAGGAACUCCGCCUACAUCAUGCGAUGGUCCAGGAAAGUAUCCGGGUUCAGCAUGAAUCAGUACUACGAGUGCUUAGAAGUAAUGUACUGGUAUGAACUAGUGACGCAGAACUGCAAUUCUGGAGAAUCUUUCGACAAUACAACAAAAUCAUGUGUUACAGACAGCAGCUGCACGACCUGAAAGCAACUAAGCAGUUGCAAUAAUUUAUAUAUUUGGUAUAUUAUUAUAUAUGUAUUAAUUGUAAUAAAAUAUUCUUA